AUGGUGCAGAAGUCCCGCAAUGGCGGGGUGUACCCCGGACCGGACAGAAAGCUGAAGGUGGGCUUCGUAGGGCUGGACCCAGCGGCCCCGGACUCAGGUCGGGAUGGAGCUCUGCUCAUUGAUGGUGGCGCUGAAAGUACCAAGCGCGGCAGCAUUCGAGUGGCCGGCACCGGCAAACCUCCCAAACGGAACGCGUUCUACCGCAAGCUGCAGAACUUCCUCUACAACGUGCUGGAGAGACCGCGGGGCUGGGCCUUUAUAUACCAUGCCUAUGUAUUCUUGUUGGUUUUCUCCUGUCUUGUUCUUUCUGUCUUCUCCACCAUUAAAGAGUAUGAGAACAGCUCAGAGGGAGCACUGUAUAUAUUGGAAAUUGUAACCAUUGUAGUGUUCGGGGUGGAAUACUUUGUCCGAAUCUGGGCUGCUGGCUGUUGUUGCCGUUAUCGUGGCUGGAGAGGAAGAUUAAAGUUUGCCCGCAAACCUUUCUGUGUUAUUGACAUCAUGGUGUUGAUUGCGUCCAUAGCCGUUCUGGCUGCAGGGUCCCAGGGAAAUGUCUUUGCCACCUCUGCCCUUAGGUCCCUAAGGUUCCUGCAGAUUCUGCGUAUGAUUAGAAUGGACCGGAGGGGAGGAACAUGGAAACUGCUUGGCUCUGUGGUGUAUGCGCAUAGCAAGGAGCUGAUCACUGCCUGGUACAUUGGAUUCCUUUGCCUGAUUUUAGCCUCUUUCCUUGUAUAUCUUGCGGAGAAAGAAGCAAAUACCAUGUUUGAUACCUAUGCAGAUGCCCUGUGGUGGGGCCUGAUAACUCUCACCACCAUUGGAUAUGGUGAUAAGUACCCACAAACAUGGAAUGGACGUCUCCUCGCUGCCACCUUCACUCUUAUUGGAGUUUCCUUCUUUGCUCUUCCUGCUGGGAUUCUGGGUUCUGGGUUUGCCCUGAAGGUACAAGAACAACAUCGACAAAAGCACUUUGAGAAAAGACGUAAUCCUGCAGCUGGGCUAAUUCAGGCUGCUUGGAGAUUCUACGCCACCAACCUGUCUCGCAUGGACCUCCAUUCCACCUGGCAGUAUUAUGAGCGCACGGUCACAGUGCCAAUGUACAGCUCACAAACGUAUGGCGCUUCCAGGCUGAUUCCUCCUCUUAACCAGCUGGAUCUUCUUCGGAAUCUGAAGAGCAAAUCUGGACUCACCUUCAGGUCAGAUCCUCCCCCUUCGCCCAAACCGACCCAAAAGGUGAGCCUCAAGGAAAGGGUCUUCUCCAGCCCCAGAGGUGUAUCCUCAAAAGGCAAAGGUUCCCCUCAAUCCCAAGGGGUGAGACGCUCACCAAGUGCUGAUCAGAGCAUGGAAGAAAGUCCUAGCAAGGUGCCAAAAAGCUGGAGUUUUGGAGAUCGGAGCCGUACACGGCAAGCUUUCCGCAUCAAAGGCUCAGCAUCGAGGCAGAAUUCUGAAGAAGUUAGUCUUCCUGGAGAAGAAGUUCCCGAGGACAAUAAAAGCUGCAAUUGUGAGUUUUUAUCGGAUGAUUUGACUCCUGGACUCAAGGUCUCAAUCCGAGCUGUUUGCAUAAUGCGAUUUCUGGUAGCCAAGAGGAAGUUCAAGGAAAGUCUCAGACCCUAUGAUGUGAUGGAUGUUAUAGAACAGUACUCAGCUGGACAUUUGGACAUGUUGGCCCGGAUAAAAAAUCUGCAAUCCAGGAUAGAUAUGAUUGUGGGUCCCCCACCCACUUCAACACCCCGGCAUAAGAAGUAUCCAACCAAAGGAUCAAUGCUUUCUACCAAAGAAUCACCCCAAUACUCUCCUAGAGUGGACCAGAUUGUAGGAAGAGGAGGCUCCAUUACAGACAAAGACAGAGCCAAGGGGGCAACUGAAUCUGAGAUACCAGAGGAUCCAAGUAUGAUGGGACGGCUGGGCAAGGUGGAGAAGCAGGUGAUGUCUAUGGAAAAGAAACUUGAUUUCCUGGUGAACAUCUACAUGCAGAGAAUGGGAAUCCCUCCUUCAGAAACUGAAGCUUACUUUGGAUCCAAGGAUCCUGAGCCUGCACCCCCAUAUCAUAGUCCAGAAGACAGCCGGGAGCCAGUGGAUAAAAAUAGUUGUAUUACCAAGAUUAUACGCUCCACCAGUUCUGUUGGCCAAAAGAACUUUAGUGCUCCCCCAACCCAGGGGACGCCCACAACUCACUGCCCUCCAUCCACAUCAUGGCAGCAACAGCAGCCAUAUCACCGGCACAGCCAUGGUUCCUCUCCAGUUGGGGAUCCAGGCUCUUUAGUCAGAAUCCCUCCUCCCCCCACUCAUGAGCGCUCACUUUCUGCAUAUGGAGUCAGUAGGAAUGGUGGAGGUGAAGAAGGAUCAACCAAACAUAGGGACACAACUGCUCUAAGAGAUAGUGACACCUCCAUUUCCAUCCCUUCUGUGGACCAUGAGGAGCUAGAGAGAUCAUUUAGUGGCUUUAGUAUUUCACAAUCCAAGGAGAACCUUGAAGUUCUGAACAAUGGGGCAGUUGCUGGUCCAAGUCCCAGUAGUAAGGGCCGUCCUUACAUUGCUGAAGGGGAAUCCGAUACAGACUCUGAUCUUUGCACUCCAUGUGGACCACCUCCCAGGUCAACAACUGGAGAAGGACCUUACAGUGACCGGGGAUGGACAGGCACCAAAUAGACUGACUUAAGACUUGUGCAGAUUCUGGUGUCCACUGACAACAAGAUAAUGCACCCCAGAGGUGGUUCUCCAGUCAACCUUCACUUUCAUGGGUGCAAUCACUUAUGGAAAGAAAGCCAGUACUACUAGUAAACAUAGAGCAAGAGUAGGCAUAGAGCUAUGCUGGUCCCAGUGUAAAUGCAUUUUGAAGUUGAAGAUAACUUUCUAAGGACCAUUUUAUCAAAUAAGAAAAGUCUGCAGGUGCAUUAGGGUUUUAAGAGUGAAUGAUAAUAUUUUUUCCUCUUCCCCCAACUUAAGAGUCUAAUAUUUAUCAUGGCCUGUAACUUACACAGAGGAUGCACUGAAAUAUAUUUGCAUAUCCAUUUUCAUCUAAAAACUAGGGUCAUAGCUUUGCUUUCAUUUCCUGGCAUGGUAAUUAGUGGCUGCAUACUACCAGGGCUGCAUGGAAUGAUGUCACGUUUCUAAUAUGUGUCCUUGUUCCAAUAAGAGUUUGACUUUUUAACCCGCUGGUCCAAAGCUACACAAGGUUGUCAGAAUAAUUAUGCUUUACAUGAUUUUAAUGAGUUAAAGUCUCAUGAAAGAUAUAAGUAAGCUCUGAACACAAGAUAUUUAGAAUUAAAUAAGUUAUUUUGUGCAUGGAUGUACAGCUAAUAACCAAACAUGAGUGCUUUAGAUUGAAGCCUAUCCAAAAAUCAGAUCUUGUAUCUAUGGCUGUACAGCUAAAGGCCACACGUGAGCUGUUUAGAAUGAAGUCUAUCUAAAAAUCUUUUUUUUUUGUACAUGACUGUACAGCUUUUAGAAAGCUAUAUAUGUCCUUCAAGACAUAGCCCACUUCUCAAUGACCAAUUACAGGAUAUUUUAAAUUAACAUUUUUGCUCAAUAAUUU